GGGCACUUUCUCCAUUCAAGUCGCGCACCGGUCGUGUGAUAGUCGUCGCUAUAAUAUGGUUAUUGCUCGGGAGACCGCUAGUCUCGACCGGCCUACGUAUAUUUAACAACAAUAAUAAUUACAAAACUAAUAUUGUACAUGGAUAUAUAUAACAGCUGUAAUACCGUCGAUUGGCGUUCGGCUCCAGCGCGUGGUCACCGCACACGAUUCACGAACAGUUUCGAAUUUCGUUAUAAAAUAUAAUAACACACACGCUACACAUAUGUACAUACAUACACACACACUCAAGGAAAACUUGUUUUGUGACGCAAUUCGUGUGUUGUCCAAGAUCUGAGGGCGUGUAUCUAACGUGCAUUUCACUACUGUUGAUGCUUCGUUCCAGAACAUUCGGCGCUGUUUAAUAGUAAAAUAUUAUGCAUAAUUCAUAAUAUUACUGCUAAUCUCUCUCUCUAACAGCAACGGUAGUAGGCCUCUUCUCGCGGUCAACGCGCAACUGUGGUUUAUUCUCAUCCGCAGUGCGAACAAAUUUCGCCCAGAUAAAUUUCCUUUAACUUUUUUUUUAGUUUUUACCGUUUUACCAUUUAGUUUUAUUGAACUUUAUUUGAUCAAAACAGGGCCAGUGAUUAGAAUACCGCAAUGCCGUACCAAACAGUGAAACAAUUCUAUGCCGGCAAGAAUAUAUUCCUGACCGGCGGCUCUGGCUUUGUCGGAGUAGCCUAUUUGGAAAAAGUCAUCAGGAGCCUACCAGAUGUUGGAAUUAUUUACGUACUGCUUCGAGCUCGCAAGGGCCAGAGCGUCGAAGAACGAUUUGAAAUCAUCAAAAACAAUUCGGUUUUUGAGACGUUAAAAAAUAUGGAGGGUGGUCCCGCACUGUUGGACAAGCUUGUGCCUGUUAACGGAGACAUAUCUGGAGAAAAACUAGGAUUAUCCGACGACGAUGAAAAGAUGUUGAUCGACAAUGUGAACAUUGUGGUUCAUUGUGCUGCCACAUUAGAUUUCGAAACGGAUUUGUUAACUGCUAUUAACAUCAACUUGUUGGGUACAAAACGUGUGGUAGACUUGAGCAAAAAAAUCAAAAAUUUAGAUUGUAUGUUGCAUGUUUCGAGCGCUUAUGUCAAUUCUAAUAGAAGCUAUGCUGAAGAAAUAAUUUACGAAGCACCUGCUAAUUACAACGAUGUAAUUAAUUAUGUUGAGACAAUGGAUGCCAAUGAGUUGAAUAAUGCGUCUGAAAAAAUCUUGGGUGAUCACAUUAAUACAUACACAUUUACUAAGGCAUUGGCUGAACACGUUGUUAAUGAUGUUAGAAGUAACAUCCGUACCUGUAUAAUUCGGCCUAGUAUGAUUGUUGCCGCUUGGAAAGAACCUGUCGAAGGAUGGACAGUUUCGAAAAAUGGCCCUCAAGGUUUUAUAAUGGGUGCAUCCAAGGGUGUGGUCAGACGUUUGCCCGUUAAUAAGAAAUUAGUGUACGAUUACAUACCUGUAGAUGUGGUGGUCAACUCGAUGAUAUCCAGUGUGUGGUACAGUGCACAGUUAUCAGCCAGUGAUCCUGCUGUGACUGGUCAAACUCCAGUAUUUCACUGCACUACCAGCACUUGCAAUCCUUUCCGUUGGCACGAUAUUCAAUCCAGGAUGAAUGACAGUUUAAACGAAUAUCCAAUAAAGGGUGCCGUAUGGUAUCCAACACUCAAAUUCUUGCCUAAUCUGUUCAUGUAUUGGAUAUCAUCUGCCAUAUUUCAUUUCAUACCUGCCUAUAUAUUGGACACCGUCACAAGAGUAUCUGGAGGACGUCCCAUUUUGGUCCGUAUGCACAAAAAUGUUAACCGUUCACUCAGCAAACUCGCUCCUUUCAUAUUUAACGAGUGGAAAUUCGACAAUGCUCGUACAUUACGUUUGCACGAAGACUUGGGUGUUGAUGACAAGCCUGUGUUUUACGUUGAUCCCACUGGUGUACAAUGGACGCCUUUUUUCAUAAAUUUAUCACUAGGUGUUCGAAAAUAUUUGCUCAAAGAGAGUGAGAAAACUUUGAAAGCGGCCAUCAAGAAAAAUUUUAUACUUAUGUGGUUGAACGUGGCUUUGCAAGUGUCCAUUGUUCUAUUGAUUUGGUAUUUAGCGUCUCUCGCGACUGGUGCGUCAUUCUUGUCGUGCUACUGGGCUGGCUUGGCGGUCAUUGUUUUUGGAUACUUUUUCUAAAUAAUCACUUUAAUUACUUUAUUUUUUAUAAGAAAUUUAUUUGUCUUUUAACCUGUACGUUAAUAGAUACUAACGUACUAAUAUGUGUAUACAAACGGGUAUUAUCUUUAAAAACUAUUUAUAUAACACUUAUUGCAAUGUACGUUUGUUAUUACUCAAUUGUGUAAUUAUGCACACAGUUUAAUGUGGUCAGUAUUUUAUUUUAUUUUUUAUAUUUUAUUAGAAACGUUUUUCUUUUUUUAUCAACUAUAAUUUGUAUUUAAAGAGCUUGCAUUUUUUAUAAUCUCAAGGUGUUGUAUUAUAAAAUUCUACUAUCAAGCGUGAUACUCUCAGAGUAGAAAUACAAGUACAAAAAUUACAUUUAGUUUUCCUACAACGUGUAGGAUAGUUUGUUAUCAUUUUUACGAUUAAAAAAAAAAAAAAAAACAAUUAAGAUGUAAGCAAGUUGAAUAAAAUAUAUAUUGUUUGUAGUCGUUA